GACGUUUUCUGGUACCCCUCACUCUUACGCUCAAGUUUACGGAACUAUUCAGGGUUGUUAGUUCAUAACCCCUGAAUAUGAUGGUCGAUUAGAUAUCAUGUAUCUUAUCAAAACAUCAACUUGGUAAUGGUAUAGUGGAACCCAUGGUGAUAAUUACAAGGGGAAGCAAUGUGAUAACGCGCUGGAAACUCGAUAUUUCACCAUCACCUUUCUUUCCCGGUUGGGGCUUUCAAUUCGCUUCAUUUGACUACAUCGCCUGGUUUCCGUUAUUUGUACGUAAUGGCGACAGGAUUGUUUCGAAAGAUGUUAGGCCAAAGCCGACAGAACGAGUCUUCAGAGGGCGUAGAGGCGCCGGCUACAGCUGAGUUAGCCAAUGAAGACGCGUUGAUCUCUUCGAAGACAAGCGACAAGUUCUACUUCUGGACUCGACCGGGUACUUCGAAAGAAGAGAAGAAACUGGUGCAGAAACUGGAUCUUGCAAUUCUGACUUUCUGCUGCUUGACCUUCUUCACCAAAGAUCUCGAUCGAAAUAACAUCAACAAUGCUUACAUAUCUGGCAUGAAGGAAGACUUGGGUCUUUAUGGUAAUGAACUCAACUGGAUGACCACUUGGUUUCAAAUCGGUUAUAUUGUUGGUCAAAUACCGUCGCAAAUUUUGUUAACCAAGAUUUCUCCACGAUGGUAUCUCCCUGCUGCUGAGUUCUUCUGGGCGUUCUUCGUCUUGUUCAUUUACAAAUGCCAAAAUGCGCAACAAAUAUAUGCUAUCAGGUUUUGCGUUGGAUUCAUCGAGGCAGCUAGCUGGCCUGGUUUGCACUUUAUGAUUGGAACAUGGUAUCGGAACCAUGAAAUCAACAAGAGGAGCGGCAUAUUCACGGCCUCUGGGAUUGCUGCCACUAUGUUCUCAGGCUAUAUCCAAGCUGGCAUAUACCAAACGAUUGACGGUCACCUGGGUAUUAGGGGAUGGAGGUGGCUCUUCAUCAUCGACUUUUUAAUCACCUGCCCUAUGGUCAUCAUUGGCUUAAUUAUCAUCCCAAAUCCUUUACACGAGAAGAGUACAUGGUGGAUGACAGAAAAAGAGCGACAGAUGUGUAUAAAGCGGCUCGAAGCGGAUAACCGUAAGCCCUUGGGUCGAUUUGACCGGUCGCUUUUCAAGCGAGUGCUUGGAAGAUGGCACUUCUGGAUUCUGGUUACAUGGUUCACGCUCAUGUAUUUUGUUUACCAAGCUCCAACCACCUCCACGAUGGCGCUUUGGCUCAAGGCGGAGAAAUAUUCAGUGCCGGACGCCAAUAACUACCCCACCGUCUAUUCAGCAAUAUCGAUCAUCUUUAUGUUGAUAACAGGAACCUACAACGAUUGGAGGGGCUCUCAAGUGGAGUCUGUGGUGUUGAUCUGCAUGACACAGAUCGUCUCAGAGUCUCUAUUAGUCGCUUGGAACCUAGGUAAACCUGCCAUCUUUUUUGCGUUCUAUAUUGCUGGCACUAUUCAGUCUCUGUUCCCCGUUAUUGUCAGUUGGACGCAUAGAGUCUGCUCAGGGGAUGCAGAGGAGAGGGCUAUCGUAAUCGGUGCCCUAAAUUCUAUCGGGUUGGCCCAAGGCACUUGGUGGAAUCAAGUCUUCGUUCCAACAGUCGAAGCACCUCGUUUCUAUCGGGGUUAUCGUGCGGGCCUCGCAGCUUCUUUAGCGUUAUCAGCCUGGCUACCGGUAGUAAUGUGGUUCACUCGGAGGCAGGAGAGACAGGAGAAGGAACAGAUAAUCCGUGGCCAAGUCAUUGGAGGCUCGGGACAUGAUGCCGAGGAAGGAAGAACGUCAAUAGAGAAACGAGGAGUCGCAACCAGUUUGACUGAACAGGACAAGGGAACUAAACCCGGAAUCGAAAUAUGAGCGUGAUAUAUGCGCGGAGAAAGGGCGUUUUUACUGUUGGACUGGAGGAUGAGUCAGCCAUCAAAGGUUUAAUUCAAGUUUGUUAAUCGUAGAGUAAUGCAUGGUUAUCUCACAUCAUUGGUUCACUACUUUUCUCUCCUAAUGGUGGACAGCCGUCUCUAUAUUAACUGGAAGUGGCUUGGUCUAGGUAUUCUAUUAAUCACUGAGAGGUUAUGACGUAGCGGACUCCCCUGGGUCUUAUGUUCAUCAGCUUAGAAUCAAAUCAUCUAGAGUAUUCUUAUUAUAUCAAAUAAUUUCUGGACCUGGCCAGACAUUUUUA